CCGCAUCGGUAUCCCGAGCGCUAUCAAACCAGGCGACCCGUUCAACGCCACCAUCGAGCAGUUGGCAGGUAUCCCGCUCCAGUACACCAUGCUCUGGGGCAUCGAGCGCUACGACGAGGAAUGGUCGAUGGCGCCGCGCCCGGGGAACCUGGGGCCUGUGCUGCUGACCAACGGGAUUGUAGAUCUCCAGAAAGCAGUAGGAGACGGCUCCGUGAGUGGUAACACGUCCAUCGCCGGGUUCGUCGUUCCAGCAGACUACAAGCUUGGCCCUGCGGCCAUCCAAGCCCGUCAUCUUCGAGAUCGCGGGGCCCCUGAACUCGCCCUAUCAUCGAGACUUGGUGGUGGAGCGUCAACGUUACUAAUACUAUCACAAGCAAGCGAGAGCCUGGUCUGGUCUAACUACGCGGACGAUAACAGCCGCAUCUGCCCAGAUACCCUUCCAAUAACGGAAGGAGACACGUGCAUAGGUAUGUACGCGAGAUGCAGAGAUAGAUAGAUACUUGGGGCACGUAAGGGGUAGACGGAUGACGAAGUGCUGGCUGGCCUGGGGUAAUACGGGGAAGUCCACUCCUAAGACGAAUUAUGCUGCCCGAUGGAAUCCUCCAGAGGUUACGUUUCACGUCGGGUCAUGCACGGCAUAUAGAGAACCCCACGGGCUUUUCAAGAGAUACCAACUAAUACAAUAGUCGCG